GGUGAGCCAAAGACUUCCAGCGUGCGAGCAGAGGCAGAGAGAGGGGGUGUGCGCAAGUUGGGUAUAUUGUCUACGCCCUACAACUAAACCGGCGAGGUAUCUCUAGUCAGUCACAUUGCGGGGAAUAAGGGAAUGCGGAGGGCAGCGCGCUUGGUCGUCGCUCCCGCCCCCUUCCCUUGGGAAACUGCCUUUUUCUUUGGCAUCUUUAAAAACAGUAAAAGUGCCACCCUGCCUCUCCCUCCCGCCCUUUUAGCUCGUCGAGCUUAGGAAGGCAUGCCGACGACGAGCUAAAAGGGCGGGAGGAAGAUGCAGGGUGGCGCUUUUUCUUUAAACUUGAGCUGGGGAGGGGGAUGUUCCUGCGGCUCCUCCGUUGCUCCGAAGGCGCCUCAAGGCGGAAAGCGGGGAGGGGUGAAAGGCGACAACCCCCGAGCGUCCACGGCUAGGCACCGCCUCGGCUGUCUCUCGUUCUCUUCCCCCCCCCCCCCCCCCUCCCCGGUAAGGGGAAGAGACAUGAAUGAAGAGGAGGGGAGCGGGGACUUUUCCUUUGCUUGUUUGUGCGCAAAAAAGAGCGAGAGCAGCACUUUUCCGCCACGGUUCGAAGGAAUGCAACUCUUGCAGCCUUCCCCUCUGACGGACUGGGGUUAUAACCGAGAAGGCCGAUGUUGAGAAGUCAAGAAAACUGCUUGUUCUCCAAGAAGGAGACGGGGGUGGUAGGGCAGGAGGGUCUACUGAAGUCUAAUCUUCCCAACGAGUAUUCUCUCUGGAGAAGCGAGGCGAAGAAAAGAGAAGCGUAAAGUUCUGGGACGGAGGAGUGGAAGGAGGGCGUGAGUGGCUUGGCCCCGUGCAGACGGGACUGCGAUGUUCCUCGGGCCCUGAUGGGGAAGCGAGCCCGGUUUCCAGGCUGCCUUCCCACGACCAGCAGCAGCAUCACCCCUGGAAGUGGCCAUGAACCGGCCCCCGGACCAGGAGAUGAUCGAGCUGAAGAACCUAAACUUGGAGAAACAGCUGGACCUGACUCGAGGCCCGCGAGGCGCGUCCGAGCGUCCGGUCCGGUUGGAGAGGGCCAACGCCUUAAGGAUCGCCCCCGGGAAGGUGCCCGAACUGUUGAGCCGCGUGAGACAGAUCCGGCUGCUGGGCGGCCAGAGCGACCCCAAGCUGACCGAGGAGCUGGGCGAGGGACACAUCUUCAAGCCCUGCACUCAGAACCAGCCCACCUGGUGCGAUCUGUGCGGGGAGUUCAUCUGGGGCAUGUACAAGAAGUGCCUGCAAUGCGUCCACUGUAAGUUCAUCUGUCAUUACCGAUGUCGUAUCCUGAUCAGACUUGACUGCAGUGGUCCCAGAUAUCAAGACAGUGAUCAGAAUGAAUGUAAUGAGCAGACAGUGGAAAAGGACACCAAUGUGGAUGAGCAGAUUGACUGGAAAAAGCCUAUUUUGUCCCAAACUGAAAUCGAGCAGAAGAUAAAAGAAUACAACAGCCAGAUCAACAGCAACCUCUUCAUGAGUUUGAACAAAGAUGGUUCCUAUACUGGCUUCAUCAAGGUACAAUUAAAGUUGAUCCGGCCUGUCUCAGUACCUGCCAAUAAAAAGGCACCUUCAAUCCAAGACUCCAGGAAGAGCUCCUCGCGCAGCCAAGCAGUAAAGCGCCGCACGUCAUUCUACCUACCUAAGGACACAAUCAAGCACUUGCAUAUAAUAUCUCGUACGUGUGCCAGUGAAGUCAUAGAGGCCCUGCUGAAGAAAUUCAUGGUAGUUGACAACCCCCGCAAGUUUGCCCUCUUCGAGAGAACAGAAAAAGAUGAUCAAGUGUACCUUCGCAAACUUUCUGAUGAGGAGCAACCUCUGCGUCUCCGACUGCUGGCUGGCCCUAGUGAGAAAGCGCUUAGCUUCGUUCUAAAGGAGAACGAGACAGGAGAAGUCAAUUGGGAUGCUUUUAGUAUGCCGGAACUGAAGAAUUUCCUACGUAUCCUGCAACGUGAAGAAGAAGAGCAUGUCAGGCAGAUCCUGAAAAAAUAUACCCACUGCCGUCAAAAGAUUCAGGAGGCUCUGACCACCCGGACUCCGGGUUGAGGUGCCCAUUCCAGACCCAGCACUCCAGCAGGGAUAAAAUGCUGGAUACAAAAAAGUGAUGACACCAAGUAGACUUCAGUGAAGCAAUCCUAGGAGUUUCUGUGGACUGAAUGUAUCUCUUUGGAAGGGCAGGGGGAUGGGAGAUGGGCUACAUAGAUGUCUGGUUCCUUUGGUGAGCCAGUGAAUGGGUGCAUGUAUGUCUGCUCCUAAUGGAGUGAAUGGUUAAUAGAGAUGCUGAGUGGAAGGCACAAUGGGAUCAGGUAGGAGUUACCUGUGGUAUGAGUGUAAAGAUGCAAAAAAAGAGUACGUCUGUGGCAGUGAGGAGUGUGAUGCCAUUUUUGUAUGCGCAGACUGGCUCAAUGUUGUUUUCAGCCAGUGUAGGGGUUUAACAUGAGCAGGGUUAACCAUAGUGACCCAAAAAUUCAGCCUGGUGAGCACUUUUCCCAAAAACCUCUUUUGUAUUUCUGGUGGGAAUCUGAUUGUGAAGGCUCAAGGACUGAAUAGAUUGGUCAAUCUUAUCUACUUUUUCUCAUUCCAUAUAAUGUGGUAGGACUGCUAGAAGGUUCCUACCAGCUAGAAGUAUUGGGCUGUGACCAUACAAAAACAAGGGGAGAAAUAAAAUGUCCUCCCACUCAGGUCAAUAGAAAUACAAGGUGAAAACAGCUGAAUAGCCCUUGGUAGCAUAUAGUCAGAAUCAAAAUGCCAAAGAAAUAGUAACCCAAAGGAAAGCAAGAGAGUUUCUAGCAAAUUUCUCUGCUCUUACUCUAAUUUCAGUGCUUACUUUAGAAUUGCCAUUUAGUUUGAUGCCCCCCCCCCCCCCCCCGGGCAAGGACAGUAAAAGAAAAAAGACUAUAGAACCAUCUUCCAAAAACACAUAUUUGUGAAACUGGAGAUAGGCUGAUCACUUUUCUUAUUCCACUAUCCCUUAUGUAGGUAUAUAUGAAAAAUGUUGAGCGGAGGGACAAAUCUGAGGGUGAAGAUGUCUGUUCUGCGAGCACAGCUAUUUCUUUGGCUGUGUCUAAUGUGUGCAUGCACACAUCCACCUGCAUGCUUUUGACAGACACUGGCAUGCAUCUAAGGGGCUUUUCUUGAUUUGAGUAAGACCGCUCAAGGAAUCCCAUGAGGAGUAGCUAUACUUCCUGGUUGGGGGAUUGUAUCUGUACGCUAAAGCAAGUCACACUGCUUAUAUUUAUAAAGCUUGAGCAAAUCUAUUCGUAUGUUCUGUGAAAAGUGAAGUACACUGUUCAGAGCAAGCACUUAGAAAAAACUAUGCUUAUUUAGCAGUAGCAGGUCCUAUUGAAGAAUGCAGUUUAAAAUGAGCACCCAGAGGAUAAAAAAAAAUCAGCUGCUCAAGAUGUAAAUGGUGCUGUUUCUAUGUGAAUCAAUAAAAGAUUCAGGGGAUGAA